AUGACUGACAGCCAGGCUCGUACGACAACAAUCCAAGGCAGCCGGAUGCCGUGGCGACUAUCUGUCCAAGGGAAGAUGAAGGGCAACCAACGGCACUCCAAGCCACCAUUACGACGAUUUAUACUGCGUCUGGUUUGGCGCGGGCAAUUUACCGAGUCUCGAACUGACGGAUGCCGCAUCCAGCCCAUGUAUGUCGGAGACGUGUAUUCUGCAUCCUCGGCUGGGAUUGCCUUGCUGCGCCCCAUGGCUGCAUCAACACCAACACUUGUCAUCAGGCCGUCUGCCAACUGGAUUGGCGAAGAAGCAGUCUACUAUAGGACCCCUUUCGGUCGGUUGACAGCUUCAGCUGGCUUCUCCAUCCAGAACUCGAUUCCAACAUAUCAGGAGCUGCGUGGCUUGCAGAUCCAAGACUCGAACUACCCUUUGACACACAAGGGUGACCUAGGCGCCGGAGGAGCUGAUUGA